AUGAAUUCAAAUCUCGGCGAACUCGCGGGCUCAAUUCUAGGCGAAGUCAACGCUAUACAUCCCGGCGUGCGUGCCGAACGUGGCAAAGCCGGCCGCGCCUGUGGCGUCAUAGGCGGUCGAGGUUUCUCAGCUGGGACUGUGACGCCGCCUGAAGUCCAGGUCGACGUUUUUCCUUGA